AUGUCAAUUGGAUUGGCUCCAAAUCCACCAAGCCCUGCGGAAGUGAUUGUAGUUAGAGAGUACAAAGAGGAAAGAGAUAAGGCAGCAGUAGAGGCAUUUGAGCGCCACUGUGAUUUCUGGCAGCCCGGUAAGCCUUCACUUGUCACCAACUUUUUGGGUGAUCCUCUCUGCCGUGUCCGCCAAUUCCCUCUACGUGUCAUGCUGGUUGCUGAGCAUGGAGAGGAGGGUGAAAUAGUGGGAGGAAUAAGGGGGUGCAUUAAGACAGUAAGCAAAGGGGAGAUCAAGUCGCCUUUGAGCACACAUGAUGACAAUCUAGUUUACAUAAAGCUGGCUUAUGUUCUUGGACUUAAGGUUUCACCAGCCCACAGACGACUAGGCAUCGGUACAAAACUCGUCCAGCGUUUAGAAGACUGGUGCAAGAUAAAUGGGGCAGAUUAUGCUUACAUGGCAACUGAUUCUCACAAUGAGGCUUCACUAAACCUGUUUACUUUGAAAUGUAAUUACAUCAAAUUUCGUACUCCUACGAUUUUGGUACAACCAGUUUACGCCCAUAAUAAGCCAUUGGUCUCAGGUAUUGUAAUCAAACGUCUGGACACACAACUUGCGUGUUGGGUCUAUCAUAAAAGCUUUGCAAAUGCAGAGUUUUUUCCUAAGGACAUAGAUCUGAUUUUACAAAACAAACUCACUUUAGGAACUUUUAUGGCAAUACCCAAGAGUCAUAUCAACCAUUGGCAUCCUAAAAUGACCAUACUACCCCCUAGUUUUGCUAUAUUAAGCAUAUGGAACACUAAGGAUAUGUUUCAAUUUCAAGUGAAAGGGGUGUCACCACUAAAGUACGCAGAGUGUGCAGGAACUAGGGUGUUGGACGCUCUAAUGCCAUGUUUAAGAUUACCUUCUGUCCCUAAUUUCUUCAAGCAGUUUGGGGUUUAUCUCUUGUAUGGACUUCACAUGAGUGGCUAUGGUGCUUCGCGGCUCAUGAAGGCAUUAUGCGCACACGCACAUAAUAUGGCUAGGAAUGAUGUGGCAUGUAGGGCUGUUGUGGCGGAAGUGGGACAGAGGGACCCAGUAAGAGAGGUGAUUCCACAUUGGAGGAAACUUUCAUGGUCUGAAGAUAUCUGGUGUAUCAAGAAACUUGGACCAGUGCAGCGGGAGAAUUCUGGACAACACGAUUGGAUCAAGUCUGGGUCAUCUCCUUCUGUGAUCUUUGUUGACCCUCGUGACUUUUGAUUUCUAAUAACAUUAAAUUUUCUGAAGAACUGUAUAUUUUUUUAACUGAAAUUCUCUUGAUUUAUAAAAGGGAACCAAGUAACCAAAUAGAUUACUUGAGAAUUUCUGUUGUAUGGUAGGAGAUGUAUA